GCGGAGCCUGUCGCGGCAGAAGGCUCAUUGUCUGAGGGAGAGAGAGGGAGGGAGGAGGGACGGUCGGGCCGAGCGACAUAGACAAAGACCGCGAGGGAGAGAGAGCGAGCGGUGGAGAGACCUAUAGACAAAGAAGAGGGACGAGUGUGGCUUUCUUUCUUCAUGUGGGGGAGGAGAGGGGGAGGAUUAAGAGUCUGAUCUGACACACACACACACACACACACACGCACACACAACAACACAACACUGGGGCUUCAUCUGGACCAGCAGCAUCUUCACCAUCACCACCACCAUCCUCCUCCUCCUCAGCAGCAGCAGCACCAGGGCGAGAGACAAAGACUCAGACAGAGAGAGAGAGAGAGAGAGAGAGAGGAAGGAGCGCCAGGCCUUCAUCACCUCGACCGCCCGUCUGCCUUCAGACCGUCAUGGCCGACCACAUGUUCUGCAGCUGAGUGUGUGUGUGUGUGUUGUGUCGCUGUCAGUGGGUGUGUUCAGUGUGUGUGUGUGCAACGAGUGUGUGUGUGUGUGUGUGAUGGGGAACGCAGAGAGCAUGGAGAGUCAGCUGGCCGUCAUCCGGUCCAGAGCAGCCCCGGUCCGUCUGCCCAUGCCCGACCCCCAAGAGCUGGAGGAGAGGUUCAGCAUCGCACUGAACUCCAUGAACCUGCCACCAGAUAAGGUGCGUCUGCUGCGUUCCUACGACAACGAGAAGAAGUGGGAACUGAUCUGUGACCAGGAACGGUUCCAGGUCAAGAACCCUCCACACACCUACAUCCAGAAACUGAGGGGGUUCCUGGACCCAGCCGUCACCCGCAAGAAGUUCCGCAGGAGGGUACAGGAGUCAACACAGAUGCUCCGAGAACUGGAGAUUUCCCUUCGCACAAACCACAUUGGGUGGGUCAGGGAGUUCCUGAACGAGGAGAACCGUGGUCUGGACGUUCUGGUGGAGUACCUGUCAUUUGCUCAGUACGCCGUCACGUUCGAUGGGGAGCUGUCGGACGCCGGGGGUGAGGUGUCAUCCAUCGACUCUCCCUGGAGUCGCUCCAUAGAGGAUCUCCAUGGUGACUGCAGCCUCCCCUCCCCCUCCUCCUCUGUUCCCCGAGCGGCCCCGUCACUCCAUCAGUUCCACUCUGGUGACUCGCUCUAACACACUGCCCAGCCGACGGACGCUCAAGAACUCCAGACUGGUCUGUAAGAAAGACGACGUCCACGUGUGCAUCAUGUGUCUGCGCGCCAUCAUGAACUACCAGUACGGCUUCAACAUGGUCAUGUCCCACCCCCACGCCGUCAACGAGAUCGCCCUGAGCCUCAACAACAGGAACCCCCGGUACGUUCUAACACUGACAUGUACCACAAACCCAG